AUUCUCUUAGGAUUGUCUGUAUUGCCGAUACGGAAGGAAUUCAGCUUUGCAGCAAGCAAGCUUCACGGUGUCCAAACAUGAUAAAUUUGAAACAUGUUAUCGUGGGUCAGGGCGUUUGCCAGGUGAAUAGGGUUGUAAGUAGAUCGUCUUUUCUUCCAGCGCGCCCUAACGCUCACUUGCGGAUACGGGCUGAGGCCAGCACCACAAGUAGCAGCACCGGAACGACGACCGAUGCGCGGACGCUAUUUGCAGACCUGGACACUGCAUGUGACAACCUGCGGCGAGCACCCGCGGCCAUGCGUGUGGAGUUCAGCGGUCCCGUACUGGAUUCGUACGAGCAGCUCCGUACAGCGGGAGUAGCCGCCAAGUGGGGCUCGGCGGUAUCUGACGCCUUGCGCCGCCGCAACGUGUUUGUUGGGGAGCUGCGACAGGUGGGCAUCAAGAACCCCGACAAGAUCGCCGUACCUUCCGUACGCAACGACGCCGCAUUCCUCUUCUCCGUUGUUGCGUCCACCAGCAUCCUUGCCGUACUUGCUGGCCAGCUGCCCGGUGACUGGGGCUUCUUCUCCUCCUACCUCAUUGGCAGCAUCACGCUUGUCGUACUGGCGGUUGGUAGUACGGCACCUGGGUUGUUGGCGGUUGUGAUUGACAAGUUCAGCCAGAUAUUCCCGGAUUACAAGGAGCGCAUCAUCGAGCGGACCCUGACCGACGAGGAGAUCGACAACCUGGCAUUGGUGGCGGUAGCAGGCAUUGCGGCGGAGGGCCGGGAGUACGACGAGGUGAUGGGACAAACCGCCGACCUAACCGACUUGCAACGGCUUUUGCUGCGGUCCCGUACUCGCCUCAGCGACUCGCAGCAACAGAACGUCACUCGUUGGGCCGUGUGGGCGGCUGCGGGGUUGCUCCGGACCAAUGCCGCCGAGCAUAAGGCCCUGGUGGAGGCCAUGAGAAGAGGGGCAAGUGUAGCGGGUUGCGUGCAGGCGAUUGAGGCGGCCUCUGCUGCUGCUGCUGCUGCUGCCACUGCCGGCAAGGGCAACAAUUAACAAAUAAUGUAACAUUUCUAGU